AUGCGUCAAUUGGGCAGAUCAGAAUUCAGGGCGAUAUAUGAGGAAAGUCAAGGUUCUAAGGAUUAUGUCAGUUUCCUAGCGCUGAUUUCCUCCCCUCCGCAGUUUCCAUCCAGGCCUCCUCCUUCAGCCGCUCAAACCUCCCCAUUUCGAACAUUCUCCGACCAGCACCCCUAUCCAUCUCCCACACUCUCGCAGUCUUCCAGUCUCACAAUGCCAAAUCCUUCGCAACUCUUUCUCCUGGCCGAUCACAUCAAGCUUUCCCUUUUAGAGCGACAACGAGCGAUCUCACUGGAUCUAGAACCCAACAGCCAAGAUGGGGAAAUCUCCCGCUCCCUUGAGUCCCUCCGCGAAGGCAUCGAGAGCGUGAAAACAAACGUUACGCAGCUAGAAGAAUCAAACGACGAGGGGGCCACCGAUCUCAAAGACCAGCUCGGCCACCUGCUGUCGCAGUAUCGAGACCUUUCGGCCCAGUUUCAAGGCAGCGCCCCGGGCGACAGCGACGAUGACCCAGCCCGCACCCCAACUCCACAAUUUCCGAACGUCAAGAACUCGUCCCCCGACCUAAAGCAGCCUGUUCCGCAGCAUCCGCCGUCGAAAUCAGUUCGGUUCAUGGAUUCCGCGGCCGCCGCGGCAGAGGCCCAAGAAGAUGACGACGAGGAGGAUCGCAACCGGCGCAAUCUGUUCCAGCCCUACCGCGACUCUCCGUCGCCGCCUGGGGUUGAUACAUCCGAUAUGUCGAACGAGCAGGUCUACGAUCACCAUGAACGUGUUAUGCGCGAGCAGGACGAACAGCUUGAUCGGUUAGGGGAGUCGAUCGGACGGCAGCACCAGCUGAGUAUUCAGAUUGGGGAUGAGCUCGACGGCCACGUCGCGCUGCUGGAUGGCAUGGAUGGGGACGUGGACAGACAUCAGGGCCGGCUGGACCAGGCAAAGCAGCGAUUAAACAAGAUCCGAAGAAGCGCUGGCGACAACUGGAGCCUGAUGACGAUCAUCGGAUUGAUUAUCAUCCUGGUCAUCCUGAUCGUCAUUUUAAAAUGA